UGUGUGUGUGUGUGUGUGUUUUUCAGACCCGGAGUGGGCGUCCUACACCCUGGGUGUGUUUGUGUGUCAGAGCUGCUCGGGUCUCCAUAGAAACAUCUCCCAGAUCAGCAAAGUCAAGUCUGUCCUGCUGGACCCAUGGAGUGAUGCAGAGGUAGAGUUCAUGGCGUCCAACGGCAACAAUGCUGCUAAAGCCAAAUAUGAACAGAAGGUGCCUGUUUUCUACUACCGUCCAACACACACAGACUGCCAGCUCCUUCGGGAACAGUGGAUCAGAGCCAAAUACGAGAGGAAGGAGUUUGUGUGUGUGGAGAGACAGGAGCCUUACUCUGCAGGGUACCGAGAGGGGUUUCUAUGGAAACGGGGCCGAGAUAACGGACAGUUCCUGAGUCGAAAAUGUAUUCUGUCAGAGCGGGAUGGUGCUCUGAAGUACUACAACAAGCAUGAUGCCAGAGAGCCCAAGGCUCUGAUGAAGAUUCACACCCUGAAUGCCUCCUUCCAGCCUGGGAAGAUCGGCCAGCCUCACGGCCUGCAGGUCACCUAUCUGAAGGACAACAGCACUAGGAACAUCUUUGUCUACCACAAGGAUGGCAAGGAAAUGGUGGACUGGUUCAACGCCAUCAGAGCAGCCAGAUUUCACUACCUACAGGUCGCUUUCCCUGGGGCCCGUCACGCUGAUUUGGUGCCAAAGCUGACACGAAACUACAUCAAGGAAGGCUACAUGGAGAAGACGGGUCCAAAGCACACAGAGGGCUUCAAGAAGAGAUGGUUCACUAUGGAUGACAGGAGACUCAUGUACUUCAAGGAUCCUCUGGAUGCCUAUGCGCGCGGUGAGGUGUUCAUUGGUAGUAAGGAGAACAGCUACAUUGUGCUCCCCGGCCUUCCCCCAUCCACCCAGGGCUACCACUGGCAGUUUGGCAUCACCAUAGUAACGCCCGACAGGAAGUUCCUGUUUACAUGCGAGACCGAGGAGGAGCAGCAGGAUUGGAUGGCUGCUUUUCAGGGUUUGGUGAAUCGACCUAUGCUGCCCCAGGAAUAUGCAGUGGAGGCCCACUUUAAGCACAAGCCCUGAGAGGAGGAGGAGAAGGAAAAAGAGGAAGGCUGGACUGGAGGCUGGACAUAUCCCCUGGAUGAAGACAGACAAAUAGAAUCCUUCUCCUCAUAAUAAGAAAAAUAUAUAUACAAUUAAAGAUAAACCAUACAGAGCAGUAAAAGAGGGGGUAGAGAGGACUACAGAGGGUGGUGUUACUGUUCUGUUGCCAUACUCCUCUACUCUGCCUUACCCCAAAUCCUGCCCAUAUAUACUGUAAAUGAACAAAAAUAUAAACGCAACAUGCAACAAUUUCAACAAUUUUAUAGAGUUACAGAUCAUAUCAGUCAAUUGAAAAAAAUAAAUUAGGCCCCAAUCUAUGGAUUUCACGCCUGAGCAGGGGCACAGCCAU